AUGAAAUUUUUUCUAGUCUUUCUGAUUUCAUCACUGGAUUUCUGUUCCGCUUCAGAUGGUUCCGAAGCUGUUAAAAAUCUAUUGGAUGGACUCAAGGAGACCUAUAAAGAUCAGGGUAUCGAUGGGGUUUUGCAAUAUUUGAGCAGUGAUUUUAAGAUGAAAGGAGAGAAGAAUCGAAAAAUCACCAAAGAAUAUGCGGAAAAACAACUAAAACACAAUUCCUUCAAAUCUGAAUCUCCUCAAAAAUUGCCAUUUUCUAUUCCAAGUCUAAUUAAAUACGUGUCAAGUGCACGACUUGAAAAAGACAUGACUCUUGUGAUUGGCACAAAGAAUGGAUAUACAUUGUAUGCCAAGCCUAAUCCAUUGGUUCGUGGUGGAUACACGUUUUAUUCGGCGAAGCUCAGCACUUGACUCUGUAGACUGACUGUACAAAUUGAAGAAGUGUGAAUACAGCGAAUGAACGCUGUACCUACACUUUUUUCCCGAAAAUCGUAGGUUCAUUUUAUCUUCAGCGUAGCUACGAAAAAAAUCAAAUUCGUAGCUACGCAGAUGAUAAAUCGUUAUUACGCACACCUUAUGGGGUGAGUCAAUCGAAUUAAUCGACAUAAAAAAGUGAGUCUUUUAGGGCGAUUAAUUUCACGUUUUUGUCAAUUAAUCGCAUUUUUUUAGAAAUGAAUGCGAUUAAUUGACAAAAACGUGAAAUUAAUCGCCCUAAAAGACUCACUUUUUUAUGUCGAUUAAUUCGAUUGACUCACCCCAUUAAAUUCUGACGAGAGCUGCCAAGCGUCACACAAUCAGAGAUGAAAACGUAGAUACAGCGUAUCUACGCUGUAGCUACACAAUUCGCGGACAGAAAUUAAGUGAAGUGACCGCUCUAUAAAUAUUAUUUUUGAACUCAGGAAUUUUUUUGUACCCGAUCAGCACGUUUUUUGAAUUUGUACGCGUUCAGUUCCUAUCGAGUACGCGUUCAAACUGACGCGAGUCCACGUUCAGUCUUUUGGGCUGCAUGGCUCGAAAAUGGCAUGUUUGAGUAGAUGUUCUGAACCCGUACACACAUAAAAUAAUUUCGUACCAGUUCAGUCGGUUAUAGCACGCGACACACUUUUGUGCUGUGCUGGUUCAGUACUUUUUGAAGAGCACGGUGGUCUCGACACGAAUUAAAGGUUCAGCCAAACUCCAGGAGAAUUUCUCAUUUUUUGUUUUCGAAAAUUUUGGGCCGUUUUUGUUUUUCAUUGAUUUUUUCCAAGAAUUCAGCGACGUUUCAAUAUGAUUUUUUCAAAAUUAAUUCAAGAAAAGUUAUGCUUAUUGCUUCAUGUUAAAUUCUUCUUAUUUUGAUAUAUAUCAGCCUUGAUACUCACAAAAUUCGUUUUUUAGAGAUGUUAUUCUUACGUUUCUUUGGGAUCUUUCAAAUUUUAAGUUCAAUUUUACGAAAUUUCAGAGCAAGGAUGAUUCUCUCAACUACAACGACUACAAAGCCACUUUCGAAGCACGGUUGGAAAUGAGGAAAAUUAGGAAAGGUAAGCCCAUUUUCAAAAUUUAUUGCUAAAAAAGUUUUUUUGUUUUCUGUGCAAAUGUUGGAAAAUUUUUUUUCCAAGUAAAUAAUCCCAAAUUUGCAAAUGAUCGUUCUUCAAAAAAGUUGUACAUUUUAAUAACUUAUCUACAGUCCAGGUUUCUGAUUGUGCAAACUAGAUUUGAGAGAAAAACGUUUGGGACUUUUUAACUAAAAUCUUGAGAAACAAUUUGGAACAAAGUUGAUAAGAAUAUUUUGAAUCCCGAAUUCAUAAAUUUCCCACCACUGUUUCAUAUUUUAACUGCAGAUUUGAACAUAACUUUCUUUUUUUUUCAAAAUUUGAACCUACCAAAAUAUUAUCUGAACUUUCUGGGACAUUUUAUAGAAAGCAUCUUAUGUUUUCUGAUGAUAAUUAUGUAAUUAUGAUUGAUAAAUCCAAUUUCGAAUUUGAAUUUUUAAACGAAGUUUUCUUUCAGUGCGCCGACUACAACACUAUCUUCAUGGGUCAACUAAUCAGCAACAAUGUCACUCAGUCAACAAAUGCCGACCCAUCAAGAAUCGACACAGCCGAUCCACGAAGUCGACCCAUCAGGAAUCUACAGAUUUUAAAAUAAUUUACUUUUUUGUCAUAUUAGUUGUUCAAUAAAUUAUUUUGUUUCUACAAAGUGUACGUGUUCAGUACAAAUUUUGCUCGCUAACACAGGGUGUAAAAGACUACCAUUGAAAAAUUACGUACUUUGCGAGCUACCGUAAUCGAGACGGAAGCGGGAAACAAAAAAUUCAAAUGUUGCAAGCGCCGCACAUGAUUUUGCAAGUGCGGCACACAUUUGUGUUUCAUCAUUUUUUUUUGUGUUUUCCCCCUUUUCAAAGAUUUUCAGCAUUUCCAGUGAAAUUAAUCAUUUUAAUUCAGAAAAAAACAAUUGGAGGAGUUGCGGUACCCUUGUGAAAGUCAACGAGAAAUGGUUGGUGCUGGAAUUGAAGCGUGCUGGUCAAUUAAUCAACGAUUGAACAAGGUCCUGUUUUUAUAUGUAUUUUUCUGCAAAAAAAUGCCGUAGUCGUUAUUUGAUUUUUCAGAGAAUUGUUGGAAGUCAAUGCGCAACAUUUUGCAACAACCGGAUGUAUUAUUUGUAUACGUAUGAGAUGGAUUCUGGACGAUUGGAAUGA